AUCAGAAGAGUGAAUAUGGAAUUAGGGAAAGUGGGAAACAAAGUAUGUGUAACAGGAGGAACAGGUUUUCUUGGAUCAUGGCUAAUCAUGAACCUUCUUCAACGUGGCUACUAUGUCAACACCACCAUUAGGUCUCCUCCAGGUAGAAAAAGAGAUGUCACAUUUCUUACAAACCUACCAGGUGCAUCUGAGAGGCUUCAAAUUUUCAUUGCUGAUCUUGAUAAUCCACAAAGUUUUGCUGCAGCAAUUGAAGGAUGCAUUGGAGUAUUCCAUGUGGCUAAUACAAUGGAUUUUGAAGAAAAAGAACCAGAAGAUAUAAAAAUUAAAAGGGCUGUCAGUGGAACCUUAGGUGUUUUACAGGUAUGCGUAGACUCAAAAACAGUUAAACGAGUUAUACGCACAUCCAGUGAUUCUGCAAUGGCGUUCAAUGACAUGACUGGCUUAGAAGUUAUAGAUGAGAGCUCAUGGAGUGAUGUAGAAUUUAUUAGGAAGAAUUGUCCAGUUUUAGCUGCUUACUCAAUAUGCAAGACAUUGGCAGAAAAGACGGCCUUUGAAUUUGCAGAGAAACAUGAUAUUGAAGUAGUGUCAGUAAUACCUCCUUGGGUACAUGGACCCUUCGUCACUCCUCAUUGCCCUGGAUCCGUACGAGAUCUAAUGGGAUACUUUUUUGGAGAAAGAGAUCUGAUGAUAGAGCAUUAUCCUACUAUCCCUGUAGUCCACGUGGAUGAUGUGGCAAAUGCACACAUCUUUCUUUUUGAAUAUCCAAAUGCAAGAGGAAGAUACAUUUGUUCUAAUGUUGCAAUAACAAUAAAUCAACUCACAAGACUUUUAUCAGCAAGAUAUCCAGAAUAUCAAAUUCCAAUUAUCGAGUUGUCAAAGGAAGUAUGUGAUUCUAAAUAUCCUGAAUAUUCAUCAAAGAAACUCUUGGAGACUGGAUUCAAGUAUGAGCAUGGUCUGGAAGUGAUGUAUGAUGGAGCAAUUGAGUGCUGCAAAAUAAGGGGUUUAUUUUAAUUCAAGAUACAGACCUGAAUGCAGCAACACAAAUUAUUAUUCUAAGUAUUGUCAUGUUUUGAGGAGAUUUAUUUUGUGUGUUCUGUUUUGGUUUCUGAAGUACUGAAAAAUUGUGGAAGCUAUUAAG